AUGGGAGAAGAGGCACCGACGUUUGCUUCGUUUCCGACAACACCAGCAAAGAAUCUGAAGUUCACGGAAUCAAUAUACGAUAGAGGAGAAAGCGCAAAAACGAUGCAGUACAGAUUAGCUUGCACCACAACAAGGUUUAAUCAACUGUUGUUGGAACAAUUUCGGCCAAGAAGGCUUGCCUCUACCUUUGUCUCACCCUUUCGUAGUACAGGUACUGCACACCCCACCAACACGCAACAAGCACACUGGAAUUCCACCGGUGCAACUACAACGCCAGUCGAAGAUAUAAGUUGCGCAGGUUUGGACGGCACGCCAUGGCCAGAGGACAUAAGGAAACAAGAAGAAGACGAUAAAGAAUAUUUCAAGCACCAUAAGGCGUCGCCUUUGUCUGCGGUGGAGGUUGUCGAUACCAGGAAGCCGAUUACAAGGGCUACUGAUGGAACUGUGGAAAGCUAUGGGAUUGGGGAAGCUGGAGGAGGUGUGAUUCGAUGGAGGCCGGAGCAGCUUGAUACGGCUGAGGAGGCGCUUAGGAGAGCUGUUGAGAUAUGGAGACAGAACGUAAUGAGGGGUGAUCCCGAUUCUCCACACGGCAGAGUUCUGAGAUUGCUUCGUGGUGAGAAAUGGUGAUUCCGUGUCCUGUAAAUCUUUUUUUCUUUUUUUUUUUUUGAAAGAUUAUUAUGCAUAUAUGGAAGUUACUUACCCAAAAAAAUGUAUGCAA